CUGUAUGUACUACAUAUAUUUCAUAUAAAAUGCGUUUAGUGUCACCGCUAAUAAGCGGUAUGUCUAGAGUCCGAGGACAUACUGUUUCAUCGUUAAUAAAUUCCUACUACCAAAGCCCAGUAGUAACAAGACAUGUAUAUAGAUUCAGUAAUCCUGAAUCACGUAGUACACCAUCUGAACCAAAGACAGUGGAUCUACGCAAUCUUGAAUCUCUGAAUCCAUCACUCCAUAUUGCGCGUGACAAUAGUCACAUCUACCAUGGAAUGAACGAUUCCAGGACAAAGCUCUCUCUAAAUGGAUCUUGUAACCCAUGUUAUGGACACAUCACUGGAAUAUGGUUGCCUUCCAGGCGUUUUUCAACGCAAUCUGGUAAACAAGACUCGGGGUCAAUCGAGCAAGACAAGGAGUUCAUUGAAUGGAAAAGUCGAGUUAUAGGAGCCCAGCCCAGGGUUAACCUUAAAGUGGGACCCUAUAAAAGGGGGAAGUGGUUUGUAAGCUACAAGGAUGAUCCCGGGAGCUUCAUUACUAAUAUACUUAUAUUGCUAGUCACUGGGUACUCCAUAUUCACCAUGCUGCCGGGGGAAUCAAUGAGUGUAAGGCGCCAGCGCAAGCUGCGGCAGUUAUUGCUGGACAACGCACAGAUGACGGAGGCUGACUUGAACUUCAUAGAGAAUUACGAGCUGCCUGCGGAGUUUGAGACUCAAGAGACCCCCGAGGAAACUGAAGUGUAACCAUGUGGAGUCCUUAAGACAUAUCGCAAC